AAACCCUCGUAUUCAGUAUGUCACUGGCUACGGAAGUGUAACAGUAUGGCACGCAUGCUGGAAACCUAGCUAAGAGUCCAGCUAGCAGGAGUAAUCUGGAGUCAUUUUAGUUGACACAGGUCCCUGAAGGAGCACCUAACCUAUGCUACCUCCAGACUGGAGUUUUGUGGGUGUGAUCUCAGCUCGCUGAUAGCUGCCUGCCUGUUGGUUUGACGUUGAAGUGCACAGUGGGGACACUGUGUUGGUACAAUGAACACCCCAGUGCAUUUUUAAUUUGAGCCCAGGUCUGUGGUGAUGCUUCGGCUCAGGUGUGUGCAUUCCUUCCUUGGGAGACUUCUUCAUGGGGGGGCAGUGAACCGAGACCAGGUUCUGGAGCAGCUGCGGGUUUGCUCUGCUGAAGACCAGGUGUUUGAUGUGGUGGGCAAGAACAAGGCCAAGCUCACAGUGAACCAUGUCAGCAGUGCUGUGGGGAUGCUUUGGCAGUUCCAGAAGGAGAAGCCACAAAUGCUCAGGACUGUGGAGCUCAUCAAAUGCCACCCACAGUUCUUGACUCUCCGGGUUUUGGCGGAGAACAAAAUUGCUCUUAUGGAUGAUUUUAUGUUGGUUGACAUGCUUUACAGUUUCCUCAGGUUGAAUGUGGAUCCACAUGACUCUCUUGUUCAGCAGUUGGUUUCAGAAGCAUGGCUCAGAAUAGACCGAUUUCCAAUGGCAUCCCUGUCCAAGUUUUCCAUCUGUCUCAGUGAUCAGCACCUUCAACACAGUCCUCUAAUGGGCCACAUCACCAGUAUUGUGGAUCAGAGGUUGUCGUCCAUUGAUGAUGCCAGGAUCCUAACUACACUGAUGAUCAGCAUGUCGUCCCUCGUGUCUCCCCGGCUUCGGGAUGCCCUGAUUAGCAGGGCAGACCAUCUCCUAGACACCAUGGAUCCCUCAAAUUACAACAACCCGCGGAGAGUGGUGCAGUUUCUGCGCAACGUCAAGCACAGUUACCGGCCUCUGCUGGAGAAGUGCAACAAGAUCAUCUUGUGCAACAUUCCCAAACUGGACGCAGAAAAUAUCAGCAUCAUCAUGGGGCUGUAUCAGUCCCUGCAGUUCAACAACUGUGACUUCAGGCUCGCUGUCAAACAAAGACUAAAAGAACUGAUUGAUUCAAGCACCGACCCUUUCUCCUUCACCAAACUGUUUGUCGCUCUGGCUCCGAUGGCCAGUCAGGAGAUCAGAGACGGGUUGGAGAACACUGCCCUCCUGUUGGCGGACGAGCUCAAUGCACAUCAGGCUUUGGCUAUAGCUGAAGCUCUAGAAGAGAUUCAGAGCAGGAAUCUUAGCUUACUGAACAAAAUUGCAUUGGUAAUCCAAAGGAACCUUCAUUGCUACAAGCCAGUGGAGGUGGCCAGAAUCACCCAAGCUCUUUUUCUGCUGCAGUACCAGAACCCCGAACUCUUCACUAAACUAAGAAACAUUUUGGUCAACUUUUUGCUGCGCAGCUUCUUCCCCUACGAGGUGACCAUGUUGACCCGUGUUCUGUCUAUGCUGCCCUGCCCGCGGCUUGACGAGGGCGUGAUCUCAAGGGUGGAUGCGGUAGUGACCCAGUGCAAUCUCAAUGACCUCAACACCAUUUCUUUUGCCGUUGCCAAGUGGGUGCGCAAUGAUCCCUCCUACCGCCACAACACUCCCAGCAAGUACGUCCGUCUGCUGCAGACCCUGAAUCGUUGCGGGCAUGAGAGGCUGCAAACGGCCGACCGGCUGGACUUGGUGCUGGAGGAGCUCAAGUACAUUUCGGGAGAGUGGUUUGAGGAAAUGCUACUGGAAGAGACGAUGGUCACGCUGAAGAGGAUGAUGGACCAAAUAAACUGGACCAAUGUGCCUGAGCUGGCCCUCUUCUUAACCAGGAUAAAUCACCUCUGCCCUCCCCUGAUGGACCGUAUCGCCAGUAUGGCCAUUAAAGACAUUGACAAGAUUCACCACUCGGCAACCUAUGCUACCCUGCUACCCUUCUCUGUCCUGAAUUAUGAUCCCGUACAAGCAGACGAGUUGUAUGAUGUUUGCAUUCAGCGCUUCACGCCUCAUAUCAGGUCCUUUGACCCACAUCUGCUAGUUCUCCUGGCGUACACUUUGGCUGUGGCCGACUGUUUUCCUGAGGAACUGGUCAAAGAAAUCUUCAGUAUAGACUUUCUGGGAAAGCUGGAUGCCCAACUAGAAACUCUACCUGAUAACCUAAACAUGCGGACCAGACUACGCCUCAUGGAGCUCAAUCGUGCCGUGUGUCUCGAGUGUCCCGAGUUCCAGGUGCCCUGGUUUCAUGAGCGCUACUGCCAGCAGUUGCAAAAGAAAGGGAAUGGCACUGUGAGUCCUGUGCAACAGCAAAUCCACAAAAUGCUGGGCGAGGUUCUCGGUGGCAUUAACUAUGUUCGAGUAGCAGUUGUCACUCCAUAUUUUUACACUGCAGACUUUGAAUGCAUACUGGACAAACAUCUGCAGCCGUUGCCCUACAGCGAGCCCAGCACACUGCAGAUCUCAGACAGAGGAAAGGUUCACUGGGGGACCAGCUCAGUGGAAAACAUGAGGGAUGAGCUGCCACCUGGAGCUCAGCGAGUUGCUGUGGACUUUCUUGAUUCAAAGUCCUUCUGCAAGAACUCUCCCCAUAUGAAAGGUGAAGCCCUGAUGAGAAAACGACACCUUGAAAUUCUGGGAUAUAGUGUGGUUCAGAUCCCUCACUUUGAAUGGAACUCUAUGGAGCUUUCAACACCAGAUGCCUGGAAGGACUAUCUAAAGAAGAACCUGUUUAGAGAGCUUUCUUCUUGAAGGCCUUAUUUAUUGAAUAAUUAAAGUAAUGUUGAAUUUAACGCCUUGACAGUGUUUUGAAAACUAUCAAGUGUUCCUUACUCUAUUGAGCGCAAAGUUGACAUGAAUCUACCUCGUUCAUGUUAAGUGAGAUUGUGUAUUAUGUGCUUUUGCAUUAAAAUGGAAUAUUUUUAAUAAAA